GCUGGAAUGAGUGUAGGAAGGUGGGAGGUAUUGGGAAUUGAUUGGAAAGGCAUCAAAGUACCUAAGGUGGACCCUCAUUUUUGCACUCAUUGGAUUAAUGAGACAAAGUCCAUCCUCAUCCCUCUCCCCUCCUCAUUUUCGGCCAAGCUACAGCAACAAGAGAGAGGAGACUCUCCAUUCUUCUUUCCUCCAUUGUUGAAGAAAGCUCAUCAAGGAAGAAUCACCCAAAAAGGAGCUAAAGUGCUAAAAGUGUGAAAUAAUUAAGGCACUUGUAAAGGGUAUUUCAAGUGGUUUCACAAAGUUGGAAAAGUCGCCGGAGUUGUCGCCGGAGUUGACCAAAAGUCACCGGAGUUUCACCGGAGUUCAACCAAGAAGGGUAGAACUUCAUACGCUAGUUCAAGGUUGAAGCUAGGGCUUGCUACUUGCACCUUCUCACGGGUGAUAUCAAAUCAGGAAGACGUGAAAUGGAGGGUAAGCGAAUGGCAACAAGAAAUGACCCUAAGGGACAAGCGUCGGUAGCUUACCUUGAGGCUAGCCGGGCUGUGUCACGAGCCUUUACGGGGAGAGGAAUAGGCCAUGGGGGCCGUGAGGGCCGCCAAGCGGCAAACGCUAAUCAAGUGGGCUCGAUGUGUAACAUGAACACCAGGAGGAACGAACGUAGGCGUCAGGCGAGGCGAGAUCGGGCCACCUCCCAACGUGAUAUGACUGUCAGCCAAACCCAUCCUUGGGCAAACGACCAAGGAGGAGAAAGCACUCUUACGGCACCGGCAUCACCGGUGAAAAAGAAAAGGAACUCAAAGUGGCACACGUCCUUUCCUUACUCCUUAAGACCAUCCAAAUGUUCUAAUUGCUCUAAGAAACAUUUUGGAAAGUGCAACGAGCCCCCGAUGUGCUACAAAUGUGGGAGCACAACCCAUAUGAAAUUAAGUUGCCCAUGGAGGAGGCAACGAGAGACAUUGCAAGCCGAGGAAGGGCUCACCGUGAAAGGAAACCAUACGGAACCAACGAUGAGCAACGCUACGUCCGUCAAUCAAGGCGGGGCCCAAGCAAGGGUCUACGCAAUGACCGAGGCGGAUGCGCGAGCAAACCCGGACUCCGUUGCAGGUUGAAGCUAGGGCUUGCUACUUGCACCUUCUCACGGGUGAUAUCAAAUCAGGAAGACGUGGUUCGUGCUUCCUUAUUUUCUUUCAAACUACCGAACACUUGCUCAUGGAUAUUUGUUCUACUAUAAACUAUUUUUGGGGCUUGCAUGCCCAUGUUGUUGGCCGGUUGUGGCUUAUGACUUACCAUUGAAUAUUUCCGCUAUUCAUUGGUUUAAAUGUGAUGUUGUUAUGUAUGUUUACUACUGAGUAUGGAUGGAUUGUUUUCUCGAACGCCUUGUGUAAUUAAGAGGGGUUGACUCGCGGGUGACGUCACUUAAUUAUACGGCGGUUGUACACGCGCUUGGAUUGCGGUCUGGGGCGUGACAUUCUGUCUGUGGCAGCAUGUUACUUAGCUUGAAGGGUAUCUCUGUCUAAUUACAAAUAAUAACUCCUGUUUAAGGAAUUUUUAAAUUAUAGUCCUAUUUCAGCAAUUAAGGGAUUAUUUAC